AUGAGUCUGAAUCUUUUCAAGACCACCGUUAAUGACUACCUAGAAGGUCUUCCAGAGCAAGUCCAAUCAAGAUUAUAUGAGUCUCCAGCGACAUGUUUGGCAAUUUAUAGAUUGCUUUCUCCCAUGGCAAAAUUCUUCAUUAUGUCGAUGCUGUUUCAGGACCACGAUGUCUCGCUUAGAGAUUUAGAUAAAUGGGUCAAGCCAGAUGCGAAAUACCAGUUACAAUACUCUAUUAAAUCGAUGAAAUCCUUGAAUCUUAUAAUAGAAGGUGAGAGUAAACAACCUCUAUUGAUUCGUUUGAAUCCAAUUUUCAAGAAAUCUUUCAAAAAUGUAUUAACUGGUGGUGAAAUCAAUAACUCUUUUGGUGAUGUUGCGGAUGAUGAUACCAAUCCCGUAUCUACAGCUACUUUGGACCAGUAUAGUGCAGAAAAGUGGGAAACAAUCUUGCAUUACAUGGUGGGAACACCGAAUACAAACACUCCUGGUGGAAAGGUUCUAGACUUAUUGCAGCAUAGUGGUCUAAUGGAAGAGGCAGAAUAUGGCGAACUCAAAAUUACUAACCAAGGUUUCCAAUUUCUCUUGCAAGAUGUCAAUGCACAGAUGUGGACUCUUCUUCUUCAAUAUUUGAAGAUGGCAGAAAGUUUACAGAUGGAUCCCGUGGAUGUUCUAAAUUUCAUUUUCAUGCUAGGUGCAUUACAGCUAGGGAAGGCGUAUAAGUGCGAUCAACUAAGUAAUACGCAGAGAACAAUGUUACAGGAUAUGAGAGAUUACGGAUUAAUCUAUCAAAAUCAAUCGGAUUAUGCAAAGUUUUAUCCUACCAGAUUAGCCACGUUGUUGACGUCCGACACAAAAGCAUUCAGAAGUGCCUCAGUCGCUCUAGACAGCGUGUUAAAUAAAGCUAAUGAAACAACAGCUGUAGAAGGAGACAGUGGACAAGAUGAAACUACAGAGCGAACUCAAGACGGUGCCUUGAUUAUAGAGACUAACUUCAAACUAUAUUCAUAUUCUAACUCCCCAUUGCAAAUUGCUAUUCUAUCGCUAUUUGUCCAUCUAAAAUCAAGAUUUGCGAAUAUGGUGACUGGACAGCUUACGAGAGAAUCUGUAAGAAAUGCUUUAUUGAAUGGUAUUACUGCAGAACAAAUUAUAGCAUACCUUGAAACUCAUGCUCACCCGAGAAUGAGGCGAUUGGCAGAAGAGAAUUUGAGUAAAAAAUUAGAGUUAGACCCCACCGUGAAGGAGACCCUUCAGGUUUUACCUCCAACCGUUGUUGACCAAAUACGAUUGUGGCAACUUGAGUUGGAUAGAAUCAUAAGUUACGAUGGAUAUCUAUACACAGAUUUCGAGUCCUACCAAGAAUACCAAACUGUAGCAGAUUAUGCAAAGGAUAUUGGUGUACUACUCUGGCAAAACGAGAAGAAGAAGAUGUUCUUUGUGUCAACUGAAGGCAAUUCACAGGUGCUAGACUUCCACAGAAGAAAUUUUGAUAAGUAG